AUGGAUGCUUCUUCUCAAUGUCUCUCAAGUCUUGUGUGUGAAGUAAGCAUCAUAAGAGCCAAAAAUUUUGAGUUCAAGUCUUCAGGAGACUGGUUUGUCAGAUGCUGUCUUCCAACAGGAAACAACACAAGAAGAGUCCAACUCAAUAGCAAAAAAAUCUCAUCCGAAUCUGAUUUGUUUUGGGAUGAAUUCUUUUCGUUAGAGUGCCUAGGAACUGAAGAUGCCAUCAACUCAUUAAGGCAAGGCAGUAUUGUCUUUGAGUUGAGAAGCAUUAAAUCAGUUCUUGAAAGACUUACUGGUGGAUCAAAAAUCAUGGGGAGAGCUGAAAUUCCAUUGGAAAAUGUUUUCGAAUCACCAAACAUUGAAGUCGAGACAUGGGCUAGGAUGAAUUCAAAGAAUCCACGCUUGCAUCAAGAUGUCAAGCCCCCUCAGUGCCGGUUGAGGAGGAGGAGGUGGGAUUAUUCAUGUGGUUGCAAAGAAGGUGGAUGUCAAUCUCUUGAUUAUGACUUGUUUGCACUUGGAUUUGCUCUGGAGGCCUUGUAG